AUGCAAACAGAACACGUUAUGAAUUUACCACACACAAACAAGGAGUUGGACAAUUCGGAAGCCAUUGAUUGGGAGCAAGAAACUUUAUUCGAAUUGGGUGAAAGUAGCACUGCCUCGGAAGAAUUACAAAAAAUUGAAACUCCUCUGAAGAGAAUAUUCCUAUUAAAUACGAAAGUGGGUUCGGAAGAAGUGGAUGCAAUAUGUGAAAAUUCAAAUUUUAAAGGAUUGAAGAUUUUACAAAUUUUGGGAGGAAAUUUAGACGAAUCAAGUGUUAGAAAGUUAGUUUCUAAUAGUGAAUGGGAAGAAUUGGAGGAAUUGAGAUUAGUUGAGUGUGAAUUGAAUGAUGAAUGUUUGGAUUUAUUGAUGAAUCAUUCAAAAUGGAAUCAAUUAAAGUUAUUGGAUAUUAGUAGAAAUAAGAUUACGAAGAAAGCAUUGGAAAAUUGCAUGAAGGAAAUGAAAUUACCUUCUUUGGAAUAUUUAUUUGUGGAUGAAAACUUUGAAAAUGAUGACAGUGAGGAGGAAACAACACCUGAUCGUCACAACUUGAAAGUUUUCUAUUCGAAACAAGGGGAUGCAAGCAUUCAAAUCGAUCAAGUUUACACUCAUUUAUUAUUGAAAAAAGCACUAGUCUACUCUAAAGAGAAAACUCCAGAAAAAUCAUUGGCACUAGCUCAAUUACUUAGAAAUACCUUCAUUCUUCCAUAUGAAGCAAAGCAAAUUCAUUCACUUAUAUUAGAAAGUGCCAGAUCAGGUUAUCCAGAAGCUUAUUACUUUGCUGGUAUGCUAUUCUAUAAGGAGUAUUAUCUUGAAUUUGACUUUAUUUCAAAUCCAUUAAAGACCAAAUUCCUCUCUUCAAGUAAUACAACAGCUAGAGUUUGGUUUGAGCUUGGAGCUGAAAAGAACAAUCCAGGAUGCAUGUAUAGAUUGGGAGAGUUUUAUGAAUAUGGAAAAUCAUUUGAAAAAAGUGAUGAAAAGGCAUUGGAAUGGUAUAAUAAGGCAGCUGAUUUAAAUUAUCCAGAUGCUUUAAUGAGAGUUGCUGAAUUCCACUUUUUAGGAAUUGCCACACCAGUUGAUGAUUUGAAAGGUUUAGAAUAUUUAAAAAAGGCAGCAGAUAAUGGAAAUCUUAAGGCACUUGGUUUAUUGGCUGGAUUCUAUGAGGAUGGAAAGGUUUCAGAGAGUGGACAAGUAUUACUGGAACCUAACUUGGAUUUGGCAGAUCAAACCUAUUCUAAAUAUUUGUCAAUCGAUCCAAAUAAUUCUGGUAUUUUGUUUAGAGCUGGUUGUCUUCAUAUGUUUGAACAGGAAUGGGAGCAAGCUGAUAUGGAAUAUGCUUUUUCAUGUUUACAAAGAUCAUCUAAAUUGGGAAAUUCUAGAGCUAGUUUCGUAUUAGGAAAAUUCUUUUUGGAUAAUCAAAAUGGAGAGUUGGCCUAUUCAUUCUUCCUUAUUGCCAAAAAACAAGGACAUCCAAAGGCAGAUGAAGCACUUUCAAUAUUCGAUGUUAUCGAUUCCAGAAAUCCAGAUAACUAG